GCCCCGAGAAUCCAAAGCCUGCCUUCUCGACGUGGCCAGAUAAGAUGAAAGCCAUCUUCGAUGCGAUUAGUUCCUCAUGAGGCGCCAAGAAGCGCUUGAAUGACGGCCCACCAAGGUAACUUGUUGAAUGUAUCUGAGCGUGAGAGACCUCUUCUGGAGUGACUUCGCUUCUACAUCGGAAAUUCCGUGCGCAUUCCUAUGGUCAACUUUCGAUCUCUUCCAGAAGCACCUGUUGCCGACGAACCUUCAAACCCAUUUUGGCUUCCUCGUCAACCUGCAGCGGAGUUUGUGCAGUCCCUAGUGGACACGCUUGAGAUCGAAGACUACUCCGUGGAUCCGCGUUCUCGCGAGGAUCACUUCUCCCACCUUCGUAAGCUUUACGCCGUGAAGCUCGUUGAAGCUAUAAAAUGCCAGGAAAACGAUCACGACUUAUCUUCCCGUCAUGGCCCACGAGAACAGAUAAACUACUAUGUUUCGCCUACUCACACCACGGCUUCGAGGACGUACUCAACUGCUAACCAAUAUCCAGACUCUCGCGCCUUUUCUCAGGGUACCGGCGAUUUUACUUCUGUAGCUGAUCGUUAUCCGGAUCUUCUGCGCUCCAAAGCUGUCAGAGUUCCCAUUAAUGAGUCCCAGUCGUCUCAAAUGUCUUCUUUCGACAUCAGCAGGGGAGAAGCUCUGAACCUUGAACAAUCCUUAGCCUCGUCGCAACCGGUCCCCACCGCUUCACCCCCGGCUUACAAACGCGUGCACAGUACUCGUUGGACAACAAUAACUAAUCGCAGUGGGGUAACACUCAGUGGUUUGCGACCUACUCGCAACGUGCUUGGAGAGUAUGCCCGGGCACUUCAGGAGCUUGAAGAUCAGUUGUACGGACCGGAUUAUGGCCCAUGUGACACGGACUCUGUUGCAAUCCUUCUAAGUGAUCUUGACAGCCUCUUGCCUGGCGUCCGUUUGAGGAGGGGGUUUUCUGCCGCCACUGGUGGAGGGAUCGACGUUUCGUACCAAACUGUGCUCGACUAUCUUAGUGAUCAGGGUCAUAUAUGGCCUGUUACUCUGGAGUUAUUUCGUGCUCUUCAGGGUAUCACAAGGCUCGACCUUCGGUCGUCCCUGAGGCCAGCUCUUCUCGUUGCCCCGGAUUCACUUCUGGAAGAUGUGCUUUCAGGUGCGUCCCCACAAGUUUUAACAGUUGUGCUCGCUGCUCGAAUCUUGAUCACGACAAGCUAGUGUUGAAAAAACCGAACAGUUUCCAAGACUUGAUUCAGUUGAUAUUGGACGGCAUACCCAUUCAAAGUUGUGAUCUCACUUUCAUCAGCAGUUUGCCGAGGCUGGAAAUCCUUUCUCUUCCCAACACACGGAUCACGAACGAAGCGUGAGUGCACUGAUCAGUGGAAAGUGG